AGCAUGGGUUGGAUAUAGCAAAGCAAAUCUGAUAAUGGAAAUCACAAAGUUAGUUAUGAGAGAACAACUACUCAAGUUCACUAUUUUCAUCUUGCUUCUUUUAAUCAAUGGAGUGAUUUCAAGUCCUCCACCAGAUCCAAUCAAUUGCUUAAACUCAAACCAUAACACAAACUGCACUGUCACAAACUCCAUUGGCAUGUUUCCAGAUCGAAGCAUUUGCAGAGCCAGUAAGGUUAUGUACCCAACCUCAGAAACUGAACUCAUAUCCAUAGUAGCUUUAGCUUCCAAAAAAAACAGAAAAAUGAAAGUAGCAACACGUUACUCUCACAGCAUUCCGAAACUAGUUUGUCUCGAUGAUGAAGAUGAUGGAGUUCUAAUAAGCACAAAAAACCUCAACCGCGUGUUGAAAAUCGAUGUAGAAGCCAUGACGAUGACGGUGCAAAGUGGUGUGACACUGAGAGAGAUUAUAAAUGAAGCUGCAAAAUAUGAAAUGGCAUUGCCAUAUACACCAUACUGGUGGGGUUUAACGAUUGGUGGACUCAUAGGUACCGGUGCUCAUGGAAGUACAUUGUGGAAUAAAGGAAGUGCAGUUCAUGAGCAUGUUAUACAUAUUAGAAUCGUUUCUCCUGCACAACAGAAAGAUGGUUAUGCUAAGGUUCGAAAUCUUAUCGAAUUUCAAGACGAAGAUAUUAAUGCAGCUAGAGUUUCUCUAGGAGUUCUUGGAGUUAUUUCACAGGUUACACUGAAAUUGGAACCCAUGUUCAAGAGAUCAAUUGCAUAUUUGACAAAAAGUGAUUCAAAUUUAGGGGACGAAGUGAUUAGUUUUGGAUUAAAGCAUGAAUUUGGGGAUGUAAUGUGGUAUCCAAGUCAAGAAAAAGCUGUUUAUAGAGUCGAUGAUCGUGUCUCCAUAGAUACGCCAGGAGAUGCCUUAUACGAUUUCUUGCCAUUUCGUGCUUUGCCUUCGGAAUUAUAUGACGUUAAUAGAAACAUAGAGGAGCUUCAAGAACGGCUACCCUUCGCUGAAGGGAAGUGCUGGUUUGCAAAAUUUGUAACUGGAACACUGGCUCACGCUAGUUAUGGCCUAACUAACAAUGGGUUGCCCUUUUUUGAGUAUCCUAUAGUUGGAUUCCACAAUCGCAUGCAGGCAUCAGGAGCAUGUUUGGAUAGUUGGGAAAAUCAUCUCACCUCGUGUCCAUGGGAUUGGAGAAUCAACGGAGAAUUUUAUCAUCAAACAACAUUUAGUAUUUCUUUGACCGUUGUAAGAAAUUUCAUUGAAGAUGUUCAAACUCUGGUUAGGUUGGAGCCAAAGGCGUUAUGUGGCUUAGAAUUGUACAAUGGAAUCCUUAUGCGCUAUGUUACAGCUUCCAAUGCAUAUCUGGGAAAAAUAGAGGAUAGUGUGGAUUUCGAUUUCACAUAUUAUCGAAGCAAAGAUCCAUUGACUCCUAGGCUUUAUGAAGACAUAAUUGAAGAGAUAGAACAAAUCGGGCUAUUCAAAUAUGGAGGGUUGCCUCAUUGGGGAAAAAAUAGAAACUUAGCAUUUGUGAGAGCGAUAAAAAAAUAUAAUUAUGCAGACAAGUUUUUGGAAGUUAAGAAAAAGUAUGACCCGCAAGGACUUUUCUCUAGUGAAUGGACUGACCAAAUUCUUGGACUUAAAGAAGGGGUAACGAUAUUGAAAGAUGGUUGUGCAUUAGAAGGAUUGUGUAUAUGCUCACAAGAUAUUCAUUGUGCACCAAAAAAGAAUUACUUCUGCGUGCCUGGAAGAAUCUAUAAGGAGGCAAGAGUUUGUCGACAUGUUGAAGGUCAAACUAACAAAAUAAGUGACAUGAGGGAUGAGCUCUGAUGAACUUAAUGACCUUUGAUGUUACAAGAUCUUAGUAUGUAACUCAAUAUCUAUGUUUAUUUUUAUUUCGAAUAAUAAUAUUUCAAAAAGGAAUUUCAAAUUCCUUUUGUGAAAUAAAGUACUUUAUAAUUAAAACUCUUGAUCUGAUCUUGAGUUCCUGUUUAAUUAAGUAUUUUAAGUUUAGUUUUAAAUUUGAAGUCUUUCCGAAUAAGUUGUUGUCUUGUAAUCCUUUGAAUAAAUUAAGUGUUUGUGGUUUUAA